AUGGCGAAAGAAAGACCUUUAAAUAUUUUCAAAGAAAGUGAAAAUAAGAGAAUUCAGCGUUUGAUAACUGGAUUAGAUCUCGGAGAUUAUAAACCAAGUCAACUUUUGCUGCAAAUGAAAAGUCUAGCCGCAGACGAUUUUCCUGAAAAAGUUCUAAAAUCUUUAUGGUUGGAUAAGAUGCCUGAUUUUAUAAAGAACAUUCUUCUCGUCAGUGACGAAAAUUUAGAGAAAUUGUCUAUGAUGGCUGACAAAAUUCAUGAUAUGAAGUCUGGAAAAGAAAUUUAUGCUGUUUCGCCAAACGUUAAUGAUGUUCUAUUUGCAAUAAUAGCAGCCUUAGAACAAAAAAUUGACUCACUGCAAAUAAGUAAUCGUUCUAGAUCAAGAUUUAGAUAUCAUCACCGGACUACAUCCAAGGCCAACUAG